UUGAGUUGUCCGAAAGUAACGGUUGAUCCGAACGACUGCAACCGUGAAUCGACUGGCAGAAAAAUAAUAGAAAUGCAUUUGAAUCUUAUGAAUUGGUUGCUGCUGCCGCUACUGGCCUUUGCGGCACCUAGUCGAGCGGAGGAGUUGCUGGAACUAUCUUGCAUCACGGACGCUCAGUGCGCUCAGUUCGAGCGGGGACACUGCGUGGACAUGGCCUGCAUCUGCACGGCACGUGACUCAAACGAACGGAUGGCCUGCCGCCCGCACGAGGAGAAGCUGACGAACAUUAUUGGCGGCCCCUGUCCCUGCCCGCAGCCAAAUGCAGAGUGCGAUGCCAGGCGGGAUCAGUGCAUCUGCCACACGGGCUAUGUGCCCAGCGCUGAUCGCAGGCGCUGCCUUCCCGAGGCGGUCCGUCAUGGUGGAGAAUGUGAAUUACCGCGGCAAUGCCAGCUGGCGGACAAGUUCAGCACGUGCCUGAAAGGCCGUUGCGUCUGUCGGUCCGACUUUGAGCUCCACGAGGGACGUUGCCUGGCGGUGCUACAAUCAAACUGUCUGCUGAAUACCGAUUGUGGCACCUGCGGUGCCUCCUUAUGUUUGCCCAAGUUGAAGAAGUGCGCCUGCGCAGAGAAUUACGUUCACAACCGAAACUUGACCAAGUGUAUAUCGGGCUUGGCCUUUGCUUUUGGCAGUAGCUGCGAUCAUAAUGCACCAUGCCAGGUGAACCUAGGGAGCUCGGCCCAGUGCCUGGAUCAUCGUUGCACAUGUCGUCCCACACACUACCCCCAAAGGGUAGCCAAUGUUGUGUCCAAGGAGAGCGACAUCGAUGAGAAUAUUAUCAGCCACAAAGAUCGAAUCAGUUGUGAGCCCAUCGUGGCCUUUGGAGCCUACUGUCGCCACAAUGGUGACUGUCGGAUGAAGCAUAUGGAGCAGGACAAUCAACCCGUUGCCAUGGUGUGCCAGUGGGGUGAAUGCGGCUGCAGUGAGACCCACCGGCUGCAGGACAACCAGUGCAUUCUAAUGGUCAGCACGGGAGUUACACAUCAUCGUACAGCACUUCUUCUCCUAAGCUUCGUUUGCACUUUACAAUUACUCUUUAUUAGGCUUUACUAAACACAAACAAAAAAAUAAUGUUGAAUUU